AACCACUGUCGUUCAUUCCCAACCCGAGCUCGCACCGAACGACAAAAGGCCUCCGGCUCAAGCCAGCAAAAUCCCUAUCAAAACCCUAAUUUAAAUCGCUAAAUCCGAGUCGUCUUCGACUUCGAUUCGAAUCCGACUGCAACAGAUAAAAUAGGAAAUCACAGUCGGCGGGAAUUCGCGUAAGAUCGGAAUCCGAGGCGAUUGGGGGGCGCAAUAAUGUCUGCAGUAGUUUGCGGGAGCAAGCGAUCGCUGUUCGACGACAUACCUUCUCCCCCGUCCCCUCCUUCUUGCAAGAAGAUCCGCCGCUGUUCCCCGUCUUCUUCUUCUCCGUCUCCGGUUCGGUUCUCGGCGCCGGCGACUCACCUCGAUCGGCUCCUCCAGCUUUUUCCUCACAUGGAACCCCAGAUUGUUGAGAGAGCAUUGAUAGAAUGCGGGGAUGAUAUAGAUGCUGCCAUUAGUAGGCUGCACGAGCUUUGUUUGGAUCCUUCCGUGGAUAAUGGAGGAUUUUCUGGAGAACCUGGUAUUAAGGCUGACCAAGGUGACAGAGAUGAUGCUGAUGCACCUGGUGAGCCAUCAACCAACCUUCCUGUUGAUGGUGCAGGGUGGGUUGAUGUUUUUGUGAAAGAAAUGAUGAGCGCCACGAGUUUAGAUGAUGCCAGAGUACGUGCCACAAGAGUGCUCGAGUUUUUUGAACAGUCCGUCAGUGGACAAGCUGGGGCUGAGGCUGCUAAAAGUCUCCAGAAGGAAAAUAUGAUGCUGAAGGAGCAAAUGGAAGCAAUCCUUCGGGAGAACACAAUUCUCAAACGUGCUGUGGCUAUUCAACAUGAACGUCAUAAGGAACAUGAGGACAAGAAUCGUGAGCUGCAGCACCUGAAGCAGUUAGUAUCUCAGUAUCAAGAACAGUUAAGACUACUUGAGGUCAACAACUAUGCCUUGUCUAUGCAUUUGAGACAGGCCCAGCAAAGCAACUCUUUCCCUGGAAGUUAUCCUCCUGAUGUCUACUGAUUUUGGAUCAUUCUACCGCAACGGUUUACACCGACCAGAUGUUUCAUCCUCAGUGAUGAAGUUCCUUUAUGCAUUAUAGAGCAACUUGAAGUUGACAGUCUCUCUUUCUAUCUAUGAGGAGAGGAAAGGACGACAGUGCGGGGAGGAGUUCUGCAUGACCCGUCUUGCACGUUCCCCCUUUCUGUUCUUACUGGUAUUUCAGUUUUGCUUCAUAUCAUAAGAUGAGGUGUUGUUGUAUGAAGGUGAAGUUGGCUCAAAGAAUUAUCCAAUAGGGUUCAAUUUUGAUUUGGGGGUUCAUUUCUUUCAUUGUGUUUGUUGUCUGAAAUCUGCUUGUAACCUACCCUUAAGUAAUCAAUGGAGUUAUGCUUAA